AAGCCGUGGUGAGGUGGUCACGUGGCUGCGUUGGGACGUCCCAGCUGUUUCCUUUGGCAAUACAAUGGCGGCGCGCUGUUUUGCUGGAAGCUCAGCUAGCGGAUGAUCAGUGCGGUGGGCGGCCUCGAAAAUAGGACUAUCGAUAAUAGAGUGAAUUCCCAGGGAGGAAAAAGCUUUGUGGGAGCCAUGCUGGAAGGAUCUUCAUGACAGACUCCCCAGUGAAAGAUUACAGAUCAAUCCCGUAUCCUGUUUGUACCGACUCCCACCGUUUCCAUUGCUCAUGCUCCAGGAAUGUUCAGUCUAAUGGCGAACUGCUGUAACUGGCUAAAGCGCUGGCGGGAACCAGUUAGAAAAGUGACGUUGGUUAUGGUGGGACUUGAUAACGCUGGAAAAACUGCAACUGUGAAGGGAAUCCAAGGAGUCUAUGGGGAAUGCCUCUGGCAAAGCAACAAGCAUGGCAGCUCCCACUCAUAAAUGUGAAAUUGGAAUCGAGUCUCCAGAAGACGUGGCUCCAACUGUUGGAUUUUCAAAGGCCGACAUUAAACAGGGGAGAUUUGACAUCACAAUGUUUGAUCUCGGCGGUGGAAAGAGAAUUCGAGGAAUCUGGAAAAACUAUUAUGCAGAAUCCUAUGGGGUCGUGUUUGUUAUUGAUUCCAGCGACAUGGAGCGGAUGGAGGAAACAAAGGAAACCAUAGCGGAGGUUCUGAGGCAUCCCAGGAUCUCAGGGAAACCUGUGCUGGUGCUGGCUAAUAAACAGGACCGGGAAGGCGCUUUGUCAGAAGCAGAUAUAAUAGAGUUCCUCUCCUUGGAAAAGCUUGUCAAUGAAAACAAAUGCUUAUGCCAGAUAGAGCCCUGCUCAGCAGCCAUCGGCCAUGGGAAAAAGAUCGAUAAGUCCAUAAAAAACGGCUUAAACUGGUUGUUACGUGUCAUAGCAAAAGACUUUGAAGCAUUACAUGAGCGUAUUCUGAAAGAAACAGCAGAACAACGAGCACAAGAGGAGCAGGACAAGAGGGAAAGAGCAGAGAGAGUGAAAAGGCUCCGGGAGGAGAGAGAAGAAAAAGAAAAGGAAGAAGCAGAAAGAGAAGGGAAGCAGGAAAUUGUUGAGGACAAGUCCAUUCCAAUGGUCAAUCCCUUCCAGCCUAUAUCUGCUGUUAUCAUUGAGAAUGAAGAGAAAAUCCGUAAAGAAAAGGAAAAAAAGAGACCGAAAAUGCAGACUAAACAAAAUGGAGUCGGCAUUGCACUAGAGUCUAAAGAGGAGGAAGACCAAAUGGAGACUGGAAGUGAAAGCAGCCAAAACAGCAGGACACCGAGGGACAACGAUCUGCUGGAAUCCUACAAAGAUGCUUUGGUUCAAAAACUAGAGGAAGACGACAAAAGUUUAGACACUGAAAAAGAGGAUUCAGCACAAAGCAAGAAGAAACCAAAAAAGCUUAAAUUAAAAAGAAAUCACAAAGUUGAACCUGUCAGUAUUGAAGAAACCAACCCAAAGACCCCAUCUCCGCCGCCACCUCAAUUACCUGUCGGCUGGGGAACCCCCAAAGUUACUAGACUUCCAAAACUUGAACCUCUCGGAGAAACACAUCAUAAUGAUUUUUACGGGAAGCCACUACCUCCGCUGAUAUUACGACAAAGACCCAACAGUGAUACCCAUGACAUCAUUUCUUAAAAACAGGAAUGUUCCUCGAGGACUGCAAUAUAUUGAUGGGGUUACACAGCAGUAUUUUAUUCUUUUCAUAUAAAGGAAAUACUCAACCGUGGAACAGUUUUCUUUCUCAAAUGUCCCAGCCUCUGAGGUUGGUUCUUCUGCCUUAAAACGUUUCAUGGUUGACAGCUCAGCUGUUGGAGGAAGCACAUUUUUAUAGGUCAGAACUCAAAAGAAGAGGAUGGACUGAAAACGGUUGUGGUACAGGUUAUUAUAAAACAGAUGUUCUGUUUCAUAUCAGAUUUGUAAGUUCUGAUAUUCCUGAUUGGGAGAGAUCUGCUGUGGACAUAUGCACCUAGGCAGUAUCUAAGUCAAAACACUAAGGCUGAUGCAAAAUAAAUUUAUUGCAGGUAUGGGAUCUGUUAUCCUGGAAACCCUGUAUCCAGAAAGCUCUGAAUUAUGGAAAGACUGUCUCCCAUAGACUCCAUUUUAUCCAAAUAACCCAAAUGUUUUUAAAAUGAUUUACUUUUUCUC